AUGAAACCCGAUGCUGUUGUCGACCUCUCAUCGCCACAACCUGAAAAACAACUGGAAUCAGUCGCCCGUGUUCAGGAUCCGGUGAACACUGCGCCGUUACCCCAGCUUAUCGACCAAGACGAUCUCGAAGACGGCGUCGACCUCGAUGUUAGUGAUGAUUCUGAGGAUGAUGAUAGUGAGAUCGCCGAGUCUGCCUUGACAGAUGAAUUGGAACGCGCCGAGUUUGAACCAUACACAGAUGAUGAGGGAAAGGAGGUCCGCGAAAGGCUACGUCGACUUGGACCCAACAGGUUCGUGGAGCAGACCAUCUCUUCUGGUGCAGUGAGCGUAAGAAAGCUUGUCACAGCUUUUGGUGUGAGGCCCGACCUACCCUAUCCCACCAUCUGGUACUACCAAAUCCUCGGUCGAUGCAUUCAACGUGAGCUUAGAAGGCGACAAAAGCUCGAUGACUACAACACCAUCGAUGAUGCCGUCUCAUUACUCCAAAAGUCCAAGAAUAUCAUGGUCAUCACUGGCGCUGGCAUUUCGACCAGUCUUGGUAUUCCUGACUUCAGAUCGAGGAAUACUGGCUUCUACUCUCAGCUUCGAGCUCGCGGAUUCGAGAGCCCUGAAGAUGUGUUCGACAUUGAGAACUUUGACAACGACCCUACACAUUUCUAUGGAUUGGCCAAGGAAAUCUUGCCCGUCACUGACAGAUGCUCACCCACACAUGCAUUCAUCAGACUGCUUCAGGACAAGCAGAAGCUGCUUACCAACUACACCCAAAAUAUCGACAACAUCGAAGCUUUCGCUGGCAUUGAGCCCGAGCGGUUGAUCCAAUGCCAUGGUUCAUGGGCCACUGCAAGUUGCCGUAAAUGUCAUACCGAGGUCCAAGGCGAGGUCAUCUUCGAGGAUGUUCGGCAUCAACGAGUCUCGCUUUGCCAAACUUGCCUGGACAUUAUUGAAAAGCAACCGCGCAAGCGCAAGCGCAUAUCUAACGGCAAGUCAAAAUCAAGAUCGAGCCACUCCGAUUCUGAAGAUGAUGGCCGCUACGAUGUUCCUCAGCCUGGCCCCAACAUUACUUUCUUUGGCGAGAAGCUGCCCAACCGCUUCUUCGACAGACUUACAGAGCACGAUGCCGCCAUAGUUGAUCUGAUCAUCGUCAUUGGCACAUCUAUGAAAGUCGCCCCUGUCUCCGAGAUUCCUAACUAUGUCGACGAAAAGGUGCCUCAGAUCUACAUCUCGCGCGAACCAGCCGACCACAUCAACUUCGACAUCACACUCCUCGGCUACUGCGACGAUGUGGUAGCUGAACUGGCCAAACGUGCUGGCUGGACCAUUGACCACGCAAAAGUGACCGAUGCACCUCUGACAGCCACACCUGGACCCAAGACUGGUCAAUGGAUCAUUGCACCACCAGCGGCCACCAAUGACGAUCCUCCGACCUCUGAGUAA